AUGAAUGGGUGGGGAAGAAUCCAGUGUGACGUUGUCACUGGAAAUGUGGAAAGCCUUCAUCUUAGAGGAAGCUCGGAAGAUGAAUUUCUUCUUCAAAAUUUCUACUUAGUUGGAAAUGAGGUGAGCUCUUCUUUGGCAGAUUUGAGGUAUUUAAAGUACUUGGAUAUGAGUAGGAAUGUUUUUAAAGGAAGUAGGAUCCCUAAGUUCAUUGGAUCAUUGAAACAGCUGACCUAUCUCAAUCUCUCUCAUACUGGUUUUGAAGGUAUUGUUCCUCAUCAUAUUGGAAAUCUUUCAAAUUUAGAAGUUCUUGACCUCAGUUCAAACUAUGAGUUGAUGGCAAAUGAUAUGACAUGGACUUUUAGCCACCUUUCGUCACUUAAGCAUCUCGACUUGAGUUUCUUGAAACUUUCUGGAGCUAAGCAUAGGGAUAUGGUGCUUUACAUGCCUUUUUUAAAAACGUUAUGUUUGCAUGCAUCUAACCUUUACUUGUCUGAUCUUGAUCAUUCUCUUAAUUCUAGUAAAAUACUUCCCAACAUCAAACACCUGGAACUUGGAUCCUUUGUCAAUUUCCAAGUUCCACUCCCUCGCUUUUUAAAAAACAUGACAUCAGUAACUAUUAUGCGCAACCUCAUAGAGCUUGAUCUUUCUGAGAACAUGUUCAAGCAGAUUGAACAUGUUGGAAUAUGGAGACAAUGUCAACUAAAAAAAUUGAGUGUGUCAUUCAAUCAUUUUAUAUUAGAAAUGAUUGACUUGCUAAAAAAUGCAUCGGAAUGCUCCGGAUAUUCUUUGAAGAGGUUGAGUUUAGAUUAUAGUUUGUAUGGUAGAAUUCCGGAAUCACUUGGUAGAUUGGACAACUUAAGAGAAUUAGAUUUAUCGAGUUGUGGAUAG